AUUAAGGAAUUAUCCGUGACUUGAAACAGCUGCUGCUGCUUGCAGUGCAGUGCAGAGCAGAAGAAGUACAAACCAAGCAACAAUGGCGGUCCAUUAGAUUAAUCACGACACGCUUCUCCAUUGCCUUCUUCUCUUCUCGUCUUCAAGGCUUUCGAGGAAAUAUGCCUGAAGGAUGCUGUCUAUCAUCACAACCCAUACCCACAUUCCGAAUUUCCAUCCCAACCGUUUGAGCUGUGCUCUAACAUUUCCCCGGAUUUUCGUGUUCGCUUCCCAGAAUCGGACCGCAAAUUCAAAGAAAAUUUCCAUUUUAAGCCGCUAUCUCGGUUUCCAGGGGCUGAGGGGGGCGGGGAGGCUCGAGAGGAAUUUUGAUUGUCCUUGGUGCUGCGGGUGUAAACCGACAGAAGAAGAGUCGGAAUUGGAGUCGCAGAUUAUGGAAUUCAUGGAGCGGUCGGAGAAGCCGACGAUGUUUCCGACGAAAGACGAGCUGAUUCAGGCUGGAAGAAUGGAUUUGGUGGAUGCAAUAAGGACGAGAGGCGGUUGGUACUCGCUCGGAUGGGAUGACGAUGUCGACGAAGGUAAUGAUUUUGAUGUUGAGGAGUUUCAGAGGAGAGUAGCGGAUUGUACCGAUUCAUCGAGAGAUGAUUCGUUUUCUGGAUUUGAGAAAGGCAACGAUUUCGCGGAUUUGGAAUCGCAGCAGUCGACUGCUUCAACAUCAUUAGAAUCUAGUGCUGAUGAAGAUGCUGGGAUAGAGGGUAUACUGAGUAGAUUGGAGAAGCAGAGGAAUAGUGAUUUUGGGAUCAAUGUAGAUGCAAAUGGAUACGAAGCUCAUGGCGAAAGUAAAGAGGAGGGAGAGGACAGGCCCUUUGAAUCAUUAUUAAAUGUUGGGGGAAAUGGAAAACUCCCGAGACUUGGCGGGGCGAACGCCUCUAUUCUCAGGAGUAGCCCGAAUGCUGAACAAGAAACUUGGAGAACUUGGAGCUAUCAGCGCGCAGGUACCAAAUAUGCGGAGUUCGAAGCUGGUGAGGUUUCUUUUGGUAAGAAUCAAGUGGAAACUGAUAAAGGAACUUAUCAUGAUCGAAUAGCUGUGAGUACUGGAGACAAUGCUCAAGAUUGGCGCAAACAUGAAGAUAUCAACAAUGGUCAAAUUAGGAAUCAUCUUCAGCAUCUAGAAGCUGAGCUAGCUUCGGCUCUUCAUUCCUUGAGAUCUAAAAGGGAGCAAGGUGGUCUCGAGGAGGCGAGUGGAAGCAGCUACAGUGAUUUCCAGAAGCUCUCCGAUGCAGUUGAGUUCCAGGAGAAUGAGUUCAUGACUGCGAAGGAGAGGCUGAGAUCGAUAAGAGCCAAGCUCGUUGUAUUAGAGGGGAAAAUGGCAAUAGCAAUAGGUGACGCUCAACGGUUGGUCGAAUUGAAGCAGAAGCGCAUGGAUGAUGCCCACAAAGCAUUGCAGCUUCUUCGCACAACCUCCAUAGUGUGGCCAAAUUCAGCUUCGGAGGUUUUCUUGGCAGGAUCUUUUGAUGGAUGGACAUCUCAGAGAAAGAUGGAGAAAUCAAAGACUGGCAUCUUUUCUGUUAACUUAAAGCUAUAUCCUGGCCAAUAUGAGAUCAAGUUCAUUGUUGACGGCAUAUGGAAGGUAGAUCCACUUCGCCCGAUCGUCUACAACAAUGGCUAUGAAAAUAAUCUCCUCAUCGUUACAUGACUUCUGUUAAGCACUCGGUAGGAAACCGCAAAUAGAUGUACAGGCAAUUCCAC